UUGAUUAGGGAUCAUGGUUGAUCUUUAAGCUUACAACUUCAGUUGGUUCUCCUUAGUGAGAAGGUUGAGAUGUUAGUCCUUGGGUUGCCUGAGUGAUGGGUUGGUUCUCUUUUUCUUUUUUCCCGGGCCCCAGUGUUUCGCGCCAGUCACCCCUGACGCUGAGUUUAUUGUAAUGCCCCUGGAAGCUGCCUGUACUGUGAGCGUACUUCACAGAGGAGACCGGUCUUUUGUUUAUGUUGUGAAAACUAGGCCCGGCCGGUUCUGUACUCUCAGUCAUAGUUCUCUGUUCAAGCUUUUAGCAUGUAUAUACGUUAUUUUCGCCUGUAAAUUUCCGCGUGGUAAAAAUGAAUUGAUUGAGUGAACGUAUGUAUUUUUCAGAAGAAUAACGGUUUAGACUUGAGAUUUUGAUAUUUUUUGCUGUCUUUUGCUUGUGAGAGGAACGUAGAGAUUCAACCAUCCAGUUCAACUUCCAUCAUUCCAGAAAUAUGGUUGGAAAGGGGAAGGGUUCGACUCACUCACGCAAGCCUAGGACUAGUUUUGAAAAUGUUGAAUCCAAAUUUGUUGGAUUUUGUCCAUCUUCAUGUUCUUGUUACUCAGACACAGUCAGGUGUCAUAAAGAGAACUUACACAUACCUCGUGGUAUUCCUACCAAUACCAAGAAACUGUAUUUAUCAGGAAGCAAGAUAAAAUACUUAAAGAAUGUAAAUCUUUCAAAUCUUACAUCAUUAUCCUUGGCCAACACAGGAUUGGCCGAUAUUCAUUCAGAUUCAUUAAAAACCUGCACCAAACUAGAGAGAUUAGAUUUGAGUUAUAAUGUCCUCAGUAAGCUAACUGCAAAAUUUUUGCGAAGUAUUAUUAAUAUAAAGGUUUUACAGGAGAAUGCAGAGAAAGGAGAAGAUCAGACUGCAAGAUUAAGAAGGAUGGAGAAGGAAUAUGAAAGAAGAAAUCAGUUUGUUGUAUGUGUUGACCCAGCUCUCAAGUAUCUCACUAACCUGGAAGUCCUAAACCUGCAGAACAAUAAACUGAAAUAUCUUCCUUCUAAUGCAUUCAUGUCCAUGCCUAACUUAAGGCAACUACGGUUAGAACAAAAUCUCUUAGACUGCAGUUGUGGAGUAGAGUGGUUGACGAAAUUUUUAAGACAACAUCCUGAUCUAGGAAUUGGUAUAUUGUGUCAUUCUCCUGCAAGUCAUUCUGGUCGAAGUGUGUCAACAGUGUUACCACAUCAGCUCAUUUGUAAAGAGGAGCUAGAGGAGAAUGCAUGUGUUGAGAAAUCCUUUGUUUGCCCACUCAAAUGCAAAUGCUCUAAAGGAACGGUGGACUGCAGAUCUCUGGGUUUGACUGAAGUUCCCUCAAUUCUUCCAUUUGACACUUUGGAACUACGAUUAGAGAAAAAUCAAAUAACCCAUCUUCCAUCGUAUGCAUUUGCUAGUGCUCCAAAUCUAAAAAGAAUGAUUUCUGAAAUGGCUGAAGAAACUUUUAAAAGCAAUUCAAAGCUGACUACCCUGAUAUUCUAUGAUAAUGAACUCGAAGUGCUCCCUCCUGGACUAUUUGAAGGACUUCAUCAUCUUCAUAUGCUAUUGCUGAACAAAAACAAGUUGACCUGCAUUCCUCCUCAUUCCUUUCAGGAUCAGAAGAAUUUAGUUCUUGUUUCCUUGUUUGAUAACAACCUGCAGGGACUACCGAAUAAUCUCUUCAAACCAUUGGAAAACAUUAAAACUUUGCACCUUGGUUUGAACCCCUGGGAUUGUAACUGUGAAUUAGCAUGGCUCAGCUCCUUUCUAAAUUCAAGAGGUAUAGAGACAAGUUCCGCUGUUUGUAAAACUCCUGAAAAGUUGUCAGGAGAACUGAUUUCUUCAAGAUAUGCUAAUCCUUGCUCUUCUUCUUCUUCUUCUUCUUCUUCUUCUGGAUACUGCAAUUUAAAAAUGGAUUGUCCUGGUGGCUGUAUUUGCACCAAAGAAAGGAUGGAUUGUACAUCAGGAAACUUAACAAUUGUACCUGCAGUUCACAGUACUGUACAACACCUUAUACUCGACAACAAUGCAAUAACCAGUAUUUCUGAUGUUUGUAAACAAACCCCAAAUCUAAGAUCUCUUUCCCUGCGGAAUAAUAAAGUUGACAGAGUGUUACCUGGAUCCUUCAAGGACUGCAGGGAUAAAUAGAAACAUUUAGUCCAGUGUCCA